AUCAUUAAAAUAUUUUCAGAUGGAAAGUUUCCAUGCCAAGGAUUUUCAUCUUCCCUCUUGAACUGUGAUUUCCUGAUGUCCUUAAAGGAUCAAGAAUGAGCCCAUGCACACAGUGUGUGCUAAAGAAAGAUUUGCACUGAAUUGAACCCUUGCAGAACGUGGACUAUUUGGAGACACUGAAUUUGUCUUGGGUGAUUCUUUGCCUCAAGUUGACCCAUUCAGCACUGCAUAGCAAUGGGCCAAAGGAAAAAUACCAGGGAAACAGUACCUGGGUGGAAGAUGAGAAAUUUUCAAUAUGGCAACUCAAAGACUUCAGAAAGCACAGUUAAACUUGAGAAAGUAAUAGAUGCUGAGAAUGAAGAGAUUUUUGAUGCAGUCCGGCAAUCAAAAUUUGUUCUAGAGAAUCUACGGCAUUACACAGUACAUCCAAAUUUGGCCCAAUACUAUGAGCCUUUGAAGACUACCACACUGCAGAAAUUCCUGGCUCAAAACAGGAAAACCACAAGCUUCAUGUUAAAAGUAACCGAGUAUGAUCAGGAUAAGACUUCACUGAUUAUGACCAACAACCCACUGCCUUGCCCCAUCAGCCAGCAGGAAAAGAACAACACACCACAAUAUUUUUCUCACGAGUUACUGCUCAAGGAAAUUCAUCAGCAGCACAAAUCCUCUGAGGACUUCAGCCUACCCCAGAUACCUCUGAAAAAAAUGUUAGGAUCUGGGCUGAAACCAGUCCUCCCUGUGACACUGUUGGGUGAUUCUACAACCAAGCAAGGACAGUGGUUUAGGUUUUCUACUGACAAGGAUUUUAAGACCGAAGGGAAAUAUUCAAAAGUCUAUGCUUCGAGGAAACAGAAAAAAAUGUACCCUCAGCUCAACUUCGCUCCAGUCCGUGAAAGAGUUUUCAAGAAGACAGUGAAUGGAAUGCCCACUUCCAAGACGAUUUGGGAACCACUAACGCUUUCAUCGCUCCUGGCAGUGAAGCCCACUAGAAUCGUGUCGGGGGAAAGUGCCUUCCGCAAUGGAAGGGCCCAGCAGUGGAUUAUCAGCAAAGCCAUAGUCCUUAAAUAAAGACACACCCUUCAGGCCUCCCGCCCCGCUCUCCUGGCGCAGGAACCUGCAGAAGACGCCAAACAGAUUAAACCACAUGGAUGCU